ACUACACCACUAUACCCACCACCAUUUUUACAAAUAAUUCUUGAAAAAUCCCUUUUAGAAUAAAACUUAUUAGUUAAAAAUAUAGUUAAUUGGGAUGAGUCAUUUGAAGCAAUCACUGAGUCAACAAACGAGGUGAGUUGAAUAGAGCUAAAGAAGAAAAGAAUAAAUGCAUGUAGGUCCUUUAUGUAGAAGUGGGAUUUGUGAUUGCUUGCAGCGAAUGGAGCGUCAAAAUGGGAGACUUACCAAUAAUGUUUGUAAAAUACUUUUAAGGAAUAAGAUUAGCGCAAUUAACACAUUAUCACUGACUGCUAAACCCAAUCCAUUUCCAUUGUGGUGAAACGGAUAUAUCCAGCAAAAUUAAAUAUUCGCUUCCUAAUUCGAUAUACACUCGUUCCGACACAUAAGAGCUAAGUAUGUAAUCCACGUUAACUCAUAAGAGGACUUUUCAAAGUAUAUUUAAAAAUCUAAACUUGAUUUGUUAAUAUAAUUGUAAAUAAAUAAAAAUUAUUAGUUAAAAAGAAAAUCAAGAAAUCAAUUUGAAGCAUUUUGAUUUCUUCCACCUUUCGAGCUUGUGAAAAUGGUGGUGGGUAUAGUGGUAUAGUAGUGGCGGAGGGGGAGGUGCAAAUGGUGAAAGAUGACAUGGAAGGAGGGAGGGUUAAAAUUGGAUUUGGACAAUGAGGUGGCAUGCCACAUGGCAUUUUCUUCAUUAAAAAUAUUAACUUUUGUCAACUUUAACCAAAGUAUAACUGUAGGGGUAUAUUUGGACCCAAAGUAUAACGAGGGAUAUAUUUGACCCUUUGUCGAUAGUACAGGGGAAUAUUUGGCCCUUUUCUGUUUAAAAAUUAGUGUUGCUCUUAUCAUAUGAAAGUUGAGUUUUUUCUUUUUUGAUGAUUUGUUUUUUAUUUGGAUUAUUCAUUUCCCAUGUGGGUUUUUAUGUUUAUCAAAGUAACUGGCUUUGUCCCAGUUCAUUUUGUCAUUUUGUUGAAAUAUGGUUAAUUGGUGCUUAAUCAAUUCUUUUCUCUUUGUAGUAAUUCUAUGCAAGAAUGCAGUAGAAAUAAUAAACCCGUGUUAAUUAUCCAUUUUACUUCUUUCUGUUAGUUUAGGUUUAGCAGCAGAUGGAUUUUGGAAAUUCUUAGAAGCGUAGGAAUUGGAUGCUGGACAAGGAUGAUUCUUCAAAUUGACGUUGUUUUUCACGUGUAAUUCUUUAUAUUCCUCAGAUCAACACUCGCGAUGUUGUUCAAGUAGUAUAAAGUUUAUGCAGAUUGUUGGAAUCCUCCUUUAUGGCUAGAAUCCAUUGUCGUGGUCUACCAGGGUGCAAAUUGCCCUUGAUGCAGCUAAAGGACUCGAAUACAUCCAUGAGCAUACUGUUCCUUUAUAUAUCCACCGCGAUAAAAUCCGCUAAUAUUUUGAUUGACAAAGACUUUCAUGCAAAGGUAGCCGACUUUGGACUUACAAAGCUAACUGAAGUUGGAAGUACCUCUUUUCAUACACGACUUGUGGGUACUUUUGGUUACAUGCCUCCAGAGUAUGCUCAGUAUGGUGAUGUUUCCCCUAAAGUUGAUGUCUAGGCUUUUGG